AGAACAAACCGAUCAACGAUUCAAACACUUUUGUAAAAUUUAUCAAACAGUGUUGAAAUCAAGCCGUUGAAAAUGAAUUCCGUCAUUCUCGUUUCACUGAUUGCUCUUCUGUCUGUGGAGUACAGUUUUGCUGCCGACCGGAAACAUUGUUUUUGUCAAGCUCGUGAUGAAGCCACGGGGACGGUUCUGAAGGACUUCGGCACAAUCGACACCCAUCGCCACUGGUUGAGCGUUGAAUGCCGUCUGUUGGGCAACUGCGCCGACAAAUGCGACGCCAAAACCAAAGAGUGGCUGUGCGAGCAAGUGGCUGAGUGCGAGCGUCUGGCUAAAGGGAAGAAGGUGGUACCAUACUAUAAAGCCAGCGUUUGCUCCGAGGGGAACGGCUCCAACAGGCGGACGUGCGGCUGUGAUGCUAUCCACUGCCUUUCAAAGUGUACAGCCGCCGGUGACAACUUCACCCAGUGCUACCUUGGAUGUGUCAGCUUUUAAAAUUGCCAAAAAGAAGACCAGGCAGUAUCAACACUUUUCAUAUACACAAACAUUCCACUAGAUGAUUUAAUAAAUAUACAUACUGCUACUAGUGUUCUAUUUAGGUGGUGAAAGAAAACUAAUACACUGCAUCAAUCGGUUUUGUAUUAUAGCUGGCUUUCGCAUAUAUGUUUAACAGAAUUCGUAGCUGUCAACACAUUUUUUUCCUAAACCGUUAAAGUGACACUCUUAUUCGAAAUCAAUACACACACACGUAUAACAAACAUAAAUUUUUAGUGAUAAACCUGUUACUACUUACUAAAUAAUAAAUAAGUAAAUAAUGCAUUUUGUAUUAAUAUGGGAAAUAUUAUUUGCUGAUAACAAGAUUGUAACACAAAAAUAUUAAAUGACUGGUGAGUGCUAAAACAUUUACUGUGAUCUAUUAUCGUCUCAUAAGGUGGAAAUACCGUGUUUUCUGCACCUUUCUUUCAAAUUAACCUCGGUAUCCUUCAUAAGACCUAUUGCUUUCGACAUUUAUUCACCUUUUUGGUAUAUUUAAACAAUUGUAUUAAUUGUGGUAAAUCUUAUUUUGGAGUAAGAGUGCAUCUUUAAUCAUGAGGGCGAUUCUUUCGACAUCAGUGGUAACAGUUUUGUUGUUGUUGAUAAAAUCUCCUAAUUCUGACGGCAAUCGACUUCUUUCAUGGGAUGCAUUUUAUGUGUGGCUGGUUGUUUCAUAUGUAAUUAAGUUUAGUUGAAACUUAUUCAUUUUACAACGAUUGUAAAAGUAAUAACAAAAUUAUAUUUAUCACGCUCGUUGGCAUGAUAAUACGCCAGAGUGUGGACAAGUGUUGUUUGUGUGGACCGGAGUACCUGGAGAAACCCAACUUGUACAGCUUGGUGACUACAAUCCAAACUCACUUUCGCAAAGAAUCGAACUCGGGACGCCUUGGUGGGAAGCGAGUGCGCUAACCACUAAGCUAACAGAACCACCCUAUUGAAUAAGGUUUCAGCAACCAUUUGAAAGUAUACUCAAGUCACAUUCAAGACAAGACAUGGAAUACUGUCCCACCUCCGGCAAUGGAACUACACAUUAGCAUAUUCUUGCUAGCAGAUGUUCAACAAAUCGAUUCAUUUAAUGGAUCUUCUUAUAAAUAAGUUUACCAGCACAGUAACGAUUACAAAGAAAGACUAAAAAAACGAGAAAUGGAAAAGAUAUGUGCUGCCACAGGAAUAUUAUGGUAUAUAAAAUGUGGAGGUACGCCAAACGAUUAGUUCUGUUCCCAUAGCUGUUGUUUAAGUCGUUCCAGCAUGAUGACCAUAUGGCCUCUUUUUAUAUAGAGAGGAUCUUUUACUGAAACAAACAACUAAUCUUUGGUAUUGUGUAAAUAUAUCAAUCGUCGCAACGGAUGUUUGUAUUAUGCUUGCUUAAUAUUUCACCUCAAAACUAGAUACAAUCAAUGAAACUUUGAAACGUU